CACCUUUUCGUAGGCUGCUCUUCUUCCACUGCGGUAUUAUAGCAUCCUGCUUUGAAUCAGCUGCAAUGAGCCGGCAGCUGUUUGCUGGAAAAUCCUUUUACAGACCUAAGGGCUUCACUUCAGCAUCCGCCGUCUGUGGUGUAGGCAGGCACCGGCACAGUGGGCCUUUUGUCUGCAGGCCUUUUGGGAGAUGUGGCGCUGGUGGCUACAGCAGCAGGAGUCUCCAAAACCUGGGUGGAAAUAAAAAUAUUGCCUGUGGUGGAGGUUACCAAAGUGGGGUUUAUGGAGGCUUUGGUGUUGACCAUUGCAUGGGUUACGGUGGCUGGAGAUGUGACGCAUGUUACAGCAAUGAAGGCUUUGGUGGUGUUAGUUUUGGUGGCAAGCUAGGUCUUUGUGGCCCCAGAGGUCAUGGCGCACUUGGAAAUUAUGGAGGCAGUUGUAGAAGUGAGGGGAUUUAUAGGGUCAGAGUCAACGAGGACCUCCUGCAGCCCCUCUGCGUUGGGGUCGACCCAGAGAUCCAGCAGAUACGAGCCCAGGAGCGAGAGCAGAUAAAGAAACUCAACAACCAAUUUGCCUGCUUCAUUGACAAGGUCCGAUGCCUGGAACAACAGAACAAGGUUUUAGGGACCAAGUGGAACCUCUUGCAGGAGCAGGUUCUCCCGUGCAGAAAAAAUCUCCAGCACCUAUUUGAGAACUACCUCUGCAGCCUGCGGAGGCAGCUGGACUGCUUGCUGAGUGAGCGGGGACAACUGGAGCCAGAGCUGCAGAAUGGCCAGAAGCUGGUUGAGGAGUUAAAGUGCAAAUAUGAACAGGAAAUCAACAGACGCACAGCAUUAGAGAACGAGUUCAUUUUACUUAAGAAGGACGUGGACUGUAGCUAUAUGAGCAAGGUAGAACUGGAGGCAAAGGUGGAAACACUGAGGCAGGAGAUAGAGUUCCUGAGGUGUGUGUACGCCCAGGAACUUGUGCAGAUGGAAGGAAAUCUCUGUGAUACCUCUGUGGUGGUGAAAAUGGAUAACAACCGAGACCUAGACGUGGAGGGCAUCAUCAGGGAAAUUGAAUGCUGGUAUGAGGAGAUUGCACAGAAGAGCAAAGCUGAAGUUGAUGCUUUGUACCGCACUAGAUUCCAGGAGCUUCAGGAGACAAAACGAAGAUAUUGCAAUGACCUAAAAUGCAACCACCAUGAGAUUACUGAGCUGAGUCGGGUGGUCCAGAGACUGCAGCACAACCUUGACAAUGCAAAGAAAGAGGUGGCCAGUCUCCAAACAAGCAUUUGUGAGACUGAGCAGCGCGGGGACUGUGCCCUGAAAGAUGCCCAGGGUAAAUACGGGGAGCUGCAGAAUGCCCUGCAGAAGGCCAAGGAUGAACUGGCGAGCAUGCUGAGGGAUUACCAGGAGUUGCUGAAUAUCAAGCUGGCCCUGGAUAUUGAGAUUGCCAUGUACAAAACAUUGCUGGAGGGAGAAGAAAACAGGAUAUGCACAGGGAGCCCUGUGAGAGUAGUGGUCACCACUCCUUGCAAUGUCAUCGGUGAUCGUGGGUAUGGAGAUGGCACUGGAGCAGGAUGUGGCUACCCCCCUGUACAUAAAGGGUGCAGCCCUGGAUAUGGAAGACAAGGCUCAGUGAGUGGGGGAUUCAGCUGCUGCAGUGGAGGUUACUACCCCAGAGGAAGGGGCUGCAUGCCCAGAGAUGCAGAGCGUGGUCCAGCAGGAGGAUUCACCUCUAGAAGCCUGGGAAGCUAUGUAGGCAGGCGAUACAUCCCUGGGGGAAUGGGCUAUUGUCCAGUGGGGGGCUACCCUUCCCCACGUGGUGGUUUUAGCUCCAGAAGUGGUGGCUACAUGCCCAAAAGGUCAUUCAGCUUUGACCCCAGGGAUUGCAAUCCUGGGGCUGUAGGGAGCUGUGACAGUAACUGCACACAUGUGGGCAGCUCAGUAAGGGCUGGUUACCCAAGAGGUGUUGGUAGCCCUGGGGUGAAGAUAUCAACGGGGCCCCCCUUGAUGAGGAACAUCAAGAUGUAAAACCACCAUGGCAAGAACAAGCAAGGGAACUAAAAAAGGCCCGGCUUGCUCACAGCGGUACAACCCUUGUGUCCAUCAUGGAUGGUGAGGCUUCACCUGAGACACAGGCAUGCCCUGUGGAAGUGACAUCCUUAGUAGUCCCCUUGCUCUGAAGGUCCAUGGCAGAGACAGCUCGCUGGCAAGCUUUUACAGUGGUGAUACUUUUAAGCAUUGCUUCUUCUGGUUUAUGCUGUUUCCUUAUAAAGCCUGUGUCUGUCUGUCUCUAGGCAUAUGCCACAUCCUCAUUCCCUUACAGCUCUUCUCUUCUUCCCUCUGAUUAAACCUGGGUUAACUACAUAUUAUGUGGAUCUAAGGAUAAAAACAGACCUUGGAUUUCUCCCGGGACAAAGCUUUUCAGUCUGGGAUCCCACAGAUGUACAAGCCCAUUGUCCCACUUUAAGUACAGGUCAAGUUCCAAGAUAACAUUGUUUCCCUGGGACAGUUGGGGCUAAUUUGAGUUAAUUAUGUGUAUAAAGGACUGUCUCCAUGCUUGCUUUGAUGUAAAUUAAAGCUCAGGAUUACCAGAUCAGGGAUUAACCUGAAGUCUGUUUUCAGCCUAAGUUGUUUCUCUUGAUGUAGCGCCCUAAGGAGGUUUUUAGGACAUAAAAUAAAGUGUUGUCUGGACUCUGCUCUCCUUUCCCUUUCUUCAACGUCAGCCUGAAGGAACUGUAGGCAAAGCAAUCUAAUUACACCAGUAUGAAACCGAUGACAUGGGGAUCAGAGUCAGGCCUGGAGGAAUUGAGAAACUAGAGCACUCGUUUUUUGUCUUUAAUCUGUUUGUUCUCAUUAGAGAGCACGUGUCACAAAAGAUUUAAUUCCACCAAAUACCAUAUCUACUUGCCUAUCUCCAGAAAUUAACCUUUCAAAAUGUCUUAAGCAGGGAAUCUGAUUUUCUAUCCAGCACCCCGCUUUGAUUCCUGCUCCACUCAAAGUUUAAAAACAACUGCCCAGCAGUCGCUGUGGCAUUUCUAUUCAGGAAGCAGAGGGGGUCGGUUGACUUAAUGGCUCAUUGCUCUUUACUUCACAAGUGUAAAUGACCAUCUCUCCAUUUUAAUGGUCUUGAAUUUCCACUAAUCAAGCUAACCUUUCUUCCAGCAAUGUUGCUGUCUACUAGCUACUCCUGGUCUACCCUGUCCUAUGUCAUAACCCUACAGAAUGUUUUUAGCAGUCUUAUAAAUCAUAGACCCGCCUAUGGAGACCAUUGUUCAGUAGUAGGUAGUUUCAGCUUUUGGUUGAGCAGGAAAGAGAGGGUGAAUGAGCUGAAGACGUGGCUGUCUCUCUGCUCUAUGCAUCCAUCAUUCUGAAAAAAAUCUUUUUUCCUUCAUUCUGCCUGCCCCAAAAAACCAGGUAUGGGUCUUAUUUGGGGCAUGUAGUAUGUGAGAAAUAUGGAAUGUAUGUGUGCGCAUGUGUAGGUGUAUAUUAGUCAGCCAUGAGCAUUUAAUGUUGCUUGUGUUCUGCAAAAUACCCCUCUUUCCUUCUCUUAGUCUGUGAACUGGAUGAUAAAGCUUGUGCUAUUUAUAUACGCAAAAACCAUUGUGCCAUUGCUUGGACCUUGAUGACUGGCAAAAGGUCUAAGCUUUCUGCUCUGUCUCUAAUAAAAUGCAUAAAGAAUGA